AGCAUUGAGCCGCCUGGCGCCAUCCUGAAAGAAUGCCUUCACUGUAAAAAAAAAAAAAAAGAGUGAGAGAGCUACAGGGCACACAGGAGAGAGAGAGUGACAGAGGGGGGGCAGAAAGAGGAGUUAAUGGAGAGGGCUUCAACUGCGCACCAACUCAGAUUUGAUCAGAGAGUUUAAGUUGCUGAAGCUGCGCGCUGCACACGGGCUGAACCGGGCCGAGACAGUCAUCUGUUUGUGAGAGGCGAGCAAGAUCUGGAGUUCUGCUGGGACCGGACCUUUUCCUUACUUUAUUUUUGGACGGAUUUCUGUGACACCUUCGCCUCACGUGUAGAUGUUCGUAAAAAGCCGAAGUGAAGCGAAGCGACGCGCGGUGCUGCACGCGAACUGAGCCCAGAGACCCGCACGAGCUCUGAAACUGUGCCCUCUGUCUCCAGGUUUUUCGAAACCCGGCUGUGGAUUUAUCGCAAAGGGAUUUUUCUGGUCUCGUAGCUGCGCGCGGCUGCUGCGGCGCACAUGAACAUUUGCUGAAGAGGCAGAAGACGCAGAGAAGGCGAUGGAAGUGAGCGCGGAUCAGCCGCGGUGGAUGAGCCACCAUCCGGCGGUGCUGAACGAGCAGCAUCCCGGCUCCCAUCACCCGGGCCUCGGCCACUCAUACAUGGACCCGCAGUACCAGCUGCCUGAAGAUGUGGAUGUAAUCUUUAAUAUCGAUGGACAGGGGAACCACGUUUCUCCUUAUUAUGGAAACUCAGUCCGGGCCGUCCAGAGGUAUCCUCCACCUCCGCACAGUAGCCAGGUGUGCCGUCCCUCCCUGCUGCCCAGCUCCCUGCCCUGGCUCGAGGGGAGCAAAGGAAUCGGCCCCCACCACAGCAGCUCACCCUGGAACCUGAGUCCCUUCCCCAAGAACCCGCUGCACCACGGAUCCCCGGCCAGCCUGUCCGUCUACCCCCCGGCUUCCUCCACCUCCCUGUCCACGGGCCACUCCAGCCCGCACCUCUUCACGUUUCCCCCGACCCCUCCCAAAGACGUGUCCCCGGAUCCAGGCAUCUCCACCCCGGGCUCCAGCAGCUCCGGGCGCCAGGAGGACAAAGAGUGCAUAAAGUACCAGGUGACCCUGGCCGACAGUAUGAAACUCGAAUCCGCACACAGCCGGAGCGUGGCGUCAAUCGGAGCAGGGUCAGCCUCUGCCCACCACCCCAUCGCCCCAUACCCACCCUAUGAAUACGGGCCAGGCCUCUUCCCACCGAGUGGCCUGAUAGGUGGGUCAUCUUCUAGUUAUGGUUCCAAAACAAGACCAAAAACAAGGUCCUGUUCAGAAGGCCGGGAGUGCGUCAACUGCGGGGCCACGUCGACGCCGCUGUGGAGGCGGGACGGAAGAAGUAUUAGCUGCAGGAAAUUGACUCGACAAGUGCAGUCUGCAGCCAGGCGGGCGGGGACGUCCUGCGCCAACUGCCAGACGACAACGACGACGCUGUGGCGGAGAAACGCCAACGGGGACCCGGUGUGCAACGCCUGCGGCCUCUACUUCAAACUGCACAAUAUUAACCGACCUCUGACCAUGAAGAAGGAGGGCAUCCAGACCCGGAACAGGAAGAUGUCCAGCAAGUCCAAGAAGAGCAAAAAGUCCCAGGACAGCAUGGACGACUUCUCCAAAAGCCUGAUGGACAAGAGCAGCUCCUUCAGCCCGGCCGCCCUGUCCCGCCACAUGUCCUCCUUCCCGCCCUUCUCGCACUCCGGCCACAUGCUGACCACCCCCACACCCAUGCACCCCUCCUCCAGCCUCCCCUUUGCCCCCCACCACCCCUCCAGUAUGGUCACAGCCAUGGGUUAAGCCCCCCCCCUCCCAGCUUAAACACCUCCAUCUGAAGGCUCCUUUUCCCUCCGCUGUAUUUUAGUUUUUCUACAAGGAGCUCCAUCUGUGUACAAAAUCCUCCUCGAACCCACCUCACCCUUCACCUGUGUAACAGGACCCCCCCCCCCCCCCCAUGGGCCCCCAUUUAUCCCAAAACUGGGGUAUUAAAGAGAGCGGGGGGUGGAACUGAAUAUAUUUGUACAAAUUGUAUGAAAUACAUGAAAUGAAGACUUUUUAAUUAAGAAAAAAAAGGAGACUUGGCCGUGGGCAGCUAACGACCAGAAGGGUACGAGUCGCAGCAGGAUGGGACUUUUCUGGAAAGGGUGGGCCUCGGAUUCGCCUGCGUGAAUUGUGUUGCAUUAAGUUUGCAGAGAGCCGUCUCUCUCCUUCUUCUUUUUUUUGCAAAAUUAUUUUAUUUGAUUUUUCUGGAUGUGCUAUAAGUCUCGGGCAGAUGUGUUGAAGCUCACAUGCACGUACGUGCACACACACACACACACACACACACACACACACAAAGACUUUCAUCCUGCCCUCAGAUUAUAUGCAUUGUGAGAAAAAAGUUCCUGUAUUUGUUAUUUGUAUGUAUAAAAAUCAGAGUACCAAAAAUACAAAAGAAGCAAAGAUGUUGAAUUAUUUCUUUAUGUUAUGCAGACUGAAUAGUUGUAAAAAUUUAAUAAUAAUCACUAGUGUAAAAUAUGACUGCUUCUUUUUUCCUCUUUGAAAAUAAUAAACUAGUUUAAUCUCUGUUGACAUGCUA